ACACAGUCCUACCGAGUGACCGAGGGAACGAGAAAAGCCUGGCGCCUGCGUACGGCUUCGGUGUCCAGAAGCAGAGCGCUAAAGCAGCUGAAAGUGUGAGAGGAGAAGUUCAGUUUUUAGCAUAGUCGCGCCGGUUCUCGUUUCACCUCUUUAAAUGGUAGAAACCACUGUGGGAUAGUGAUUGGAGUUGACAAGCCCGCUUCACUACUGUAUCCCCCCCUCCUUCGUCUCCUUCUCCUCCUCCUCCCCUCCCGCUCAACACACACAACCAGGAAAUCGUCGAGGUGUGCUUCUUUUAUCCCGCUUGUGGCUACCCCAUUCGCGGGUGUCGAUGCGGUUUUCUUCCCCUCUUUUUUCCUAGGUUUUUUAAAAUAUAUAUAUACAUAUUAUUUUUAUUCCGCUGGUUUGACUCUUCAAGCCGGGCUUCACCCCUGAAGUCAGCCAAAGUUGCCUGCGAGGAGAGGAUCUCCACUCUGGCCGAACAAUGAGUGAAUCAAGUAUUUGCCAGGCUCGGGCCACUGUGAUGAUCUAUGACGAUGGCAAUAAGAAGUGGCUUCCUGCGGGCACUGGACCCCAAGCCUUCAGCAGGGUGCAGAUCUAUCACAACCCAAGCAACAAUGCCUUUAGGGUAGUGGGACGCAAGAUGCAGACAGAUCAGCAGGUUGUUAUAAACUGUCCAAUCGUUAGAGGCCUCAAGUAUAAUCAGGCCACACCUAAUUUUCACCAGUGGCGGGAUGCCCGACAAGUUUGGGGACUCAACUUUGGCAGCAAGGAGGAUGCUGCUUUAUUUGCCAAUGGCAUGAGCCACGCUCUGGAGGUCCUCAACUCCAUGGCAGACGCAGGUUAUGCUACCCUCCCCCGCCCCGUGUCAAAUGGGCCUUCUCCUGAAGAGCUUGAACAACAGCGGAGGUUGGAGCAGCAGAGGUUGGAACAGCAGGAACGGGAGCGUCAGGAGAGAGAAAGACAGGAGUGGGAGCGGCAGGAAAGAGAGAGGCUGGAAAGAGAAAGACAAGCUGCUGCAGUUCCUCCAGCCCCUCCAGCUCCUCCACUGGCCACUGGAGGCCCUGCUCCUCCACCGGCUCCUCCUCCACCCCCUGGCCCUCCUCCAGCUCCUGCCCCUCCUCCAGCAGCUGGCAUCCCCCCGCCUCCGGGACCACCUCCCACAGGACCUCCCCCGGCCCCACCCCUGCCCACUUCGGGUGGCGGAAAUGGCAUUGGCGGUGGGGGAGGAGGGGCAGGAGGGGGCUUGGCGGCUGCCCUUGCAGGAGCUAAACUCCGCAAAGUAUCCAAGCAGGAUGAUGGCCCGCCUGCACCUCCAACUCCAGCUCCAGUUUCCAGAACUGAGUCCACCCGCAGCAGCAACGCAUCCAUUGGAGGAGGAGGAGGAGGGGGUUUGAUGGGUGAAAUGAGUGCCAUCUUGGCACGCAGGAGAAAAGCUGCAGACACUGGAGAGAAGCCACCUGUGAAACCACAAGAUAAUGAUGAGUCAGAGUCUCCAAGUCAAAGUGACGCCGUCAGAAGACCUUGGGAGAAACCUUCUAUGAUCAGGAAUAACUCCAUCCCCAAGAGCAUGGACUCCACUUCCUCAUUGUCCCAAGUUCCCAGGGCAAAGGCUGCAAGCAAUAAUAAUGAAGCAAGUGGAGCCGAUGACUCAGAUUUAGAGAAAAUGAAACAGGAGAUCUUGGAGGAAGUGCGGAAAGAACUACAAAAAGUCAAAGAGGAAAUUAUUGGAGCCUUUAUUCAGGAGCUUCAGAAGAGAAGCACAUAGUUCUGCUGAGCGUCAGGUGUAACGGAGGGAUGCGAUGGGUGGAGCUGACCGAGGUCCGCUGAGGCCUUUCCUCCACGUCACCCUCUCAUGUAGCCCAGGGAUUUCUCGUUAUCUUCUACACAUUUUCUCUUCUCUCUCUCUUACACAAACACAUGAGCAUAUGUGCUUACUGUACAACAUGCAUAUUCACUUCAUCUUAAUGGUAACCCAGGGAACCUCCUCAAGUCGCCAUUUGGCACUUUUUGACCAUCACUUGCUUUUAUUGCAGCGGUGAUGUCCCCAUCUGUACCAUCUCUUCCCGCUCAGCCGUCCCGUCGUGCCCUUUUUGUGUCCCGUUCAUCUGAAUCAUUUCAGAGCACUUAACUACCGCCAGAGUUGCUCUUGCAAGUUUGCCAUCUCUAACCCUCUUUGUUGCAGAACCCCUGCUGCUUGUGUCCUCUCCUUCUGCUAUCAGAUGCACCAUUUUUCCUGGUAGAGAAGUCUUCAGUAUUCAGGCACACUGUAUUAGUCAUAUUUUUUACUGUAAUAGAAAGAGGCUGGCAUGCUGGGAUCAUUUUCUCCCUUUCUCAGUUGCCAUGAAAAUGUUGAGACUUCUGCUAGUCUGUAUGGCAGCUGGAUGUGGAGAGGGAAAAAAAAUCAAACAAAACAGUGAAGCCAUCUUCUUUAAUACUGCAGCAUAUCUCAGUCAAGUGGACUUUAAGCUCCCGCCAAAGACUAAGAACUAAAGCGGCACAACGAAAGCCUUCACACUCCUGCUGCACAGAGAUACUAGAGGAAGAGGAGACAAGCAAAGGGAAGCUAAUGUUCAACCAGAGUGCUGUGAAAGAGGAGUGUGUUGUAGUUUUAUGAUGUGAGAAACUUAUUCUCUUUGCAUUGCACUUGUUCCAGAGGAUGUGUGUGUGUGUGCCACACCGCCUUGAUAGACUAUUCCCUCUCACUUAAAAUGAGACCUUAUUCAUUGGCCAGUGUGGCGCUCCUGCUGUCCACUGUGCUUCCGCUUGUUGUUAUAUUUCUUUCUUUGUUUUGUUGUUUUUUUUCCCUUCUAGAUCCGUUUUCUAAUUUUGAAACAUGAAAAAUGGCCAUGAUGAGGUCAAUUAAUUUGGCCAUGACCAACUGCCUUGAGAAUAAAUAUAUAAAUAUAUAUAUAUGGAAAAAUAUAUAUUUGUUUUGAGGGAAAUGUUAGCGAAAAAGGUGUUUCUAUUUUAAUUGAAAUGACUGGUGAAUGGGAAUUUCAUUAUCUUUUUUUUUCCAAUGAUUUGUUUUCUAAUGAAAUGUUGUUUUGUUGUUGUUUUUGUUUACUUUCUUUUUUCUAAUAGAGUCUAGGCUUUUUACACUGAAAUAUAAAGAAAACAGCUUAGAGACACUGGAUUAGAAAUGCCUUUAUAGUCGAAUACAGCUGCUUCUUGAAACGCA